ACAGACCAAACGCUUCCAGACCACGUUUGGAGACGUCACCCCACCCAAAGAACGUGAACGAUCGUAAUACUGGCCGAGGCCCCCGGAAGCUCCCUAUAAUGUUCGGCCAAAAUUUUGCGUUUUCCUUGUCCGUUUUUGCCUAUUUGACGCCCUGGGGGGCCAUAAACGAGGAAUUACACGCAAACAUGUAUUGUAGAAAUGACAAGUCCUACUCCGAGUCGAUGCCAUGCCUGCAGUCUCAAAGCUUUGUAAUUUUUGCCUUGUUGAGGUUGACCUGGCGGCACUGGCGAAACGCGACGAAGGUAACUAGCAUAGUACCCGACCGUCAUUUCUCAGGCCGAGGGCGCGAAGCUGAAAUGUGUUGCAGUCUGCUCAUAGGUUUUAGAAUGACUGGGACUGGAGCCCGGGCACGAGAAUAAAGGAUAUUGUUUCAGGCAUUAUAACAGCAUCUCGAUAUCUGAGGUUGCUGUGUUGUCAAAGUCCAGCGCCUUUGUGUGGUGUGCGUAGACGAAACACGCUGUGUCAGUCUACAAGUGUACAUUCUGGCGCCACGGUCAACUUUCUUUCUGAAAUAAGGCAAAUUUGCUCUGCUGCCAAUUCUGGCGCUGUGAACUGCCGAACAAAAAGUUGAGCACUUUUUGGGGGAGUUCUUAAUUAUGUGGAAGGAGAUAGUACUCGAGUUGAAUUUAGCCAUGGCGAGACGAUCUCAAUGAUCA